AAUGAAUACAUCUCCUUUAUUAUUGCAAAGUGUGUGAUUUUCCUUAUCAUGCUUUAUUGAUAUUUCCUUUUGGUUUACCUUUCUCAUGUACGUCUUGGUUAACGGAAUCUAUGUCUACCUUUUCUCUUCCCUCUCCCUCUUAUAAAACCCAUACCUUUUAUAUUUUAGAGCCAUGCCCCGAUUUCUGCAAAACUUGUGGCCAAUAUGCUGUUGGUCGCUGGGGCAGAUCACAUCAUCACCAUGGACCUGCAUGCCUCUCAGAUACAGGGAUUCUUUGAUAUUCCUGUGGAUAACUUAUAUGCGGAACCUGCGGUUCUGCAGUGGAUUCGGGAGAAUAUCGCCAAGUGGAGGAACUGCAUCAUCGUUUCACCCAAUGCAGGGGGAGCCAAAAGGGUCACAUCAAUUGCAGACGGGUUGAACGUGGAAUUUGCUUUGAUUCACAAAGAAAGGAAGAAGGCGAAUGAAGUGGACCGGAUGGUGCUGGUAGGGGAUGUGAAAGAUCGUGUGGCUAUCCUUGUGGACGACAUGACUGACACGUGUGGCACCAUCUGCCAUGCCGCCGCCAAGUACGCGGGGGGUGGGGAGUUGGGAGAUAUUUACUGA